AUGGUGCUGGGCUCACUGCUGUUUCUAGCUGCUGUGAACACCGCUAUGAUGCUACUAGCAUAUUACUUCGACGCUACGAAGCAAUCUUGGGUUGGAUGGGGAUUUCUUCUGUUGUUCGUCGUUUUCUUGUUUACCUUCAGUGCUGGUAUUGGGCCAACUGCAUGGUUUCUUGGCGCCGAAAUGGCUCCUGCAGGUUUUCGUGCAAGAAUACAAUCCAUGAGUGUCGCUGCACACUCAAAUGUUCUGGAGCCCAGACAUGAUUCAUCCUACCUAUCACUUUAA